AACGAGAUUAUUAUAGAAACUCUAUUCCAUGUUAUCGAUGUGAAUAGGUGUUCUACAGCAGAGGUAUCUUGUGGUUCGUUUCUUUUCUGGUAUAAUUUUUCUGUCACGAGUGUCAUCGCACUUGUAUUAGUGACUAUGUAGGGGCAAACAACCCCUUAAAAAAAUGUUCACAUCAUCGUAGAAGAUACAUCCAAGCACGAUGAUUUGUUGUUAUUGAUGUUGCUUUUCUAUUUCCGUAUAACCGGUGAAGUGACAUAAGCUGAACAUGGCUACUGUUAAAGUAACCGAACAGAAAGUUAUUCUGUGCGGAGAAUACGGUGUGGGUAAAACGUCUAUAUUCAGGCGUUUCGCGAACAAUACUUUUGUGUCGAGCAACGAUCGGAAAUCGACACUCGGUCUCGAUAAUAUCGACAAAGAGUAUCUCGUCGAAGACAGACGAAUACGGUUGCAAUUGUGGGAUACCGGUGGUAUGGAAAGAGUUGCAUCUGUAACAUCAAGCUAUUACAAGUUUGCGGAAGCUGCUAUCUUAGUGUUUGCACUGGACAAUUCAACGUCUUUCCACCUUUUAUCUCAGCACUUGCUGGAUAUUGUAACAUAUGCAGAAAAUGCAAAAAUAUUUCUUUGUGGGAACAAAAGUGACAUAGAAAGCGUAGCCCCACAAGUUACGGAUGCAGAAAUGGAACAGUUCUGUGAACAGUGCCACAAUUUAAUCUCUGGUACCUACAAAACAUCAUGUAAAACCGGGGAAGGAAUACACGAAAUGUUCGAAGACAUAGCCCAACAUCUAGUUGAGGCUAACAGAUCGCGCAUGGAAUUGCAUGAAAUGGACAAAGACAGAUUUAAAAUUUCAUACAUCGACGAAGCCGCCGAUCCGUCGUGUUUGUGCUAAACACGAUCAUUGGC